CCGUGUUCCAUUCCCCGCCCCUUUACGGCACGAUGGUCGCGCAAGAAUGUGAUAGAUCCUCGACGGCCGCCAUUUUCUUUCUUUCUUAGCAGUUAGCAGAAAGGCGAUCUCCGCGAAGGGGGCGGCGGGCGGCUACGGGCGUGUGACCAUGGCAGACUACUCGACGGUGCCUCCACCCUCCUCCGGCUCGGCUGGCGGCGGCGGCGGCGGCGGCGGCGGCGGCGGCGUGAACGAUGCUUUCAAAGAUGCGUUGCAGCGAGCCCGGCAGAUUGCUGCAAAAAUUGGGGGUGAUGCUGGUACAUCAUUAAAUUCAAAUGACUAUGGCUAUGGAGGACAAAAAAGACCUUUAGAAGAUGGAGAUCAACCAGAUGCUAAGAAAGUUGCUCCUCAAAAUGACUCUUUUGGAACACAGAUGCCACCAAUGCAUCAACAGCAAAGCAGAUCUGUAAUGACAGAAGAAUACAAAGUUCCAGAUGGAAUGGUUGGAUUUAUAAUUGGCAGAGGAGGUGAACAGAUCUCACGCAUACAGCAAGAAUCUGGAUGCAAAAUACAGAUAGCUCCUGACAGUGGUGGCCUACCAGAAAGGUCUUGUAUGUUAACUGGAACACCUGAAUCUGUCCAGUCAGCAAAACGAUUAUUGGACCAGAUUGUUGAGAAAGGAAGACCAGCCCCUGGCUUUCAUCAUGGUGAUGGACCUGGAAAUGCAGUUCAAGAAAUCAUGAUUCCAGCUAGCAAGGCAGGAUUAGUUAUUGGAAAAGGGGGAGAGACUAUUAAACAACUUCAGGAACGGGCUGGAGUUAAAAUGGUUAUGAUUCAGGAUGGACCUCAGAACACUGGUGCUGACAAACCGCUUAGGAUUACAGGCGACCCAUAUAAAGUUCAACAAGCCAAGGAAAUGGUGUUAGAGUUAAUUCGUGAUCAAGGUGGUUUCAGAGAAGUUCGGAAUGAGUACGGGUCAAGAAUUGGAGGGAAUGAAGGGAUAGAUGUCCCCAUUCCGAGGUUUGCUGUUGGCAUUGUAAUUGGAAGAAAUGGAGAGAUGAUCAAAAAAAUACAAAAUGAUGCUGGUGUUCGAAUUCAGUUUAAACCAGAUGAUGGAACAACACCUGAUAGAAUAGCACAAAUAACAGGACCUCCAGACCGUUGUCAGCAUGCUGCAGAAAUUAUUACAGACCUUCUUCGAAGUGUUCAGGCUGGUAAUCCUGGUGGACCUGGACCUGGUGGUCGAGGAAGAGGUAGAGGUCAAGGCAACUGGAACAUGGGACCACCUGGUGGACUACAGGAAUUUAAUUUUAUCGUGCCAACUGGGAAAACUGGAUUAAUAAUAGGAAAAGGUGGUGAAACCAUAAAAAGUAUAAGUCAACAGUCUGGUGCAAGAAUAGAACUUCAGAGAAAUCCUCCACCUAAUGCAGAUCCUAAUAUGAAAUUAUUCACAAUUCGUGGCACUCCACAACAAAUAGACUAUGCUCGUCAACUCAUAGAGGAAAAGAUUGGUGGCCCAGUAAAUCCUUUAGGGCCACCUGUACCCCACGGGCCCCAUGGUGUCCCAGGCCCCCAUGGGCCUCCUGGGCCACCAGGGCCUGGAGCUCCAAUGGGACCAUACAACCCUGCACCUUAUAAUCCAGGACCGCCUGGCCCAGCUCCUCAUGGUCCUCCAGCCCCGUAUGCUCCCCAGGGAUGGGGAAAUGCAUAUCCACAUUGGCAACAACAGGCUCCUCCUGAUCCAGCUAAAACAGGAACGGAUCCAAAUUCAGCAGCUUGGGCUGCUUAUUAUGCUCACUAUUACCAACAACAAGCACAGCCACCACCUGCAGCUCCUGCGGGUGCACCAACAACAACCCAAACUAAUGGACAAGGUAACUAUGGAGAUCAGCAGAAUCCAGCUCCAGCUGGACAGGUUGAUUACACCAAGGCUUGGGAAGAGUACUACAAGAAAAUGGGUCAAGCAGUUCCUGCUCCUACUGGUGCUCCACCAGGUGGUCAGCCAGAUUAUAGUGCAGCCUGGGCAGAGUAUUAUAGACAGCAAGCAGCCUACUAUGCCCAGACAAGUCCCCAGGGAAUGCCACAGCAUCCUCCAGCACCUCAGGGCCAAUAAUAAGAAGUGGACAAUACAGUAUUUGCUUCAUUGUGUGGGGGAAAAAAACCUUUGUUAAAUAUAUGGAUGCAGACGACUUGAUGAAGAUCUUAAUUUUGUUUUUGGUUUAAAGUAGUGUUUUUUUUUUUUUGAAAAUGUACAAAAUAUCUAUCACUACUGAUAGGAGGUUAAUAUUUCUGUGUAGAAAUGAAAAAUUGGUUUGUUUUUAGUAUUUAGUGUAGAUGUACACAUUCCAGCAAAUGUAUUUGCAACUAUUAUGUGGUCAAUGCUUUGUGAUAUAAAUGUACUUUUUCAAUGUAUACUUUCACUUUUAAAUGCCUGUUUUGUGCUUUACAAUAAAUGAUAUGAAACCUCCUGUGUCGGUAAGUUGGAUAUAUGGGUAAAGGAUUUGUAAUUGCUUAGCAAUGGUAAAUUAAGCUACAUAUACACAAAUAUAUAAGCUUUCCCCAUGAAUUGCUGAACUUUUAAACACUGGCAUGUUUUUCCCCCUUGCAGUAUAGUGGUAGAUUGGAGAAUCUUUUUCCACUUACUUGUAUUUGGCUAUUUCAGCACAAGUAAUCUUGAUAUCUUCAUUUUUUUUCCUUUUGUUUAAAAACUGCAUGUGUGUACAAUGAUCUUUUAGCAUACUUCCAUUGCAUUAACAGUGAAAUUUCCUUUUAUACAUGACCACUGUUUCAGACCUGUACUGCUGCUAUAACAGUUAACCUUUCUGUUCUUAAUUUGGUAAUUACUUAUUUCCAAGACGGUUUCAGCAUAACUAAUUUUAAAGAGUUUUCAGAUAGUGAAUUUGAGUAGUCUACUAAGAACAACUUUUUCCACGUAAACCAACUUUUUGAUGUAUAUAUUAUUAGUGUGUUUCUUUCUAAAUUUAGGUUAGAAAAGUGAAUAGUAUGCAAAAAAAAGAUAGCUAUAUUGCAUCUGCCAUUGAAACCAUUGGGGUAUGGAAACGUUCAAGCUUUUUUUUUUCUUUUUCUUUUUGCAGUAUAGAUAAGCUUUGUUUUAUAAAUGCACAAGUCCAGUCAUUGAAUCAAAUGAUUUUUUUUGUGUACUUGAAAUCAUUUUAUUAAUCCUUAACACUCAUGCUGAAGUUCUGAUAUUUUGUUGAAAUCCAUUGUUUUACUCUGCAUAUUUGUUGGCUCUUUGCAAAUUAAUAUGUUAGACUACAUGCAAAUACAGUCUGUCUUGCCAUUGUCUGUUGAAGUGCAGGUUUGAUCCAGCCAGUAUAGAACUAGCUCUGUAGGGGUGAGGAGGACUGUGCUGUGUAUCAUCCUUGAUUGUGUUCCUUCAAGGAGCAUUGCACUGUAAGUACAUCAGAAUGACAAAUUGAUGAACUGCAACAGUAUCUUUUUGUCAAUGUUCCACAUAAUGCAAAUGCCAUAUUUUGUGUGAAUAUUAUGUUGGAAUACAGUGCUGAUAUCUCGGAAAACCAUAACUGUUUCUUAACAGAAUAAUACAUAGUUCUGUAUUUUUUUUUAAGUGAGCUUAAUGGGUAAGUAUUUUUUUAUAUGCUUUAGCUAUCGCUAAAGAAAACUGAUCAUUAACAAAGUUGAAUAGUAUUAUGGUGCUCCUAAAAUGCUGUUUUUCAAUGUAAAAUAUGCAUAUCUUAAUAUGAAAAACUUGAAAUGUAUAAGACAGAAGUGGUUUUCUGUUUGCAAAUAAUAAGCAAUGUAGCACUUUUAACACCAUUUCAUAAAUAUAUUGUUACUGGUGGGGAGCACCAUUUGUUGUUUUGAGUAUACUUUAAAGAAAGAAUGUACCAAGACAUAAAUGUUGAGAUUACAUAUAGGGUGGAAAAUAGCAGUACAGUUCAUUGUAGAUGUUUUGAAAUGUUUUUUGACUGUUUUAUGUAAUGUAGAGUGACUUCCCUUACCCUUACUUAGAUCUGGAUAUGUAGUCCUAGUUUUGAAGUUUAAUAGUUAAGGAAUUUAGUUAGUUAUCUAUUAUCUUUAAGAGUAGGGUAUUGACAUGAACAAUUUCAGAAUUUUGCAUGAUACUGUUAUAUAGAUGACCUUUUAGGAAAGUGGUGCAUUUAUUAAGUGAACUGAACAAAUAAUUCAGUUGGAUUCAGUAUCAUAACACAAAUUGGAGGCUGUUGAUUUUGAUUCAUUUAAGGUUUAAAAUCUUUAUUAAUUGCAAACAGUGCAAUUAUUUAUACUUCACAGUGCCUUCCCAGACCUUCCACCUUAGGUUCUGCUGCAAAAAGCAACAGGUAAGCACAACCUAAGGACAUAUAUAAAUUAAUAUUUCAGUACAUUAAUGUUGUCCCUGUGAGGUUUUUGUGGUUGUGUACUCAAAAGCAAUCUGCUACUGCUUCCCUAAAAUGUAUUUUGUUAUUUAUGCUACCAUCUUAGUGGAAAGUCUGUUAAGUUGUUCAAACAACUGUUUACAUUUCUGGGUAAUGGUUUUUUGCUUAAAAUUUUUUUUUAUUAAACCAAGAAAAUGAGUAGAUUGCUACUGUAACUGAACGCUCAAUACCCAAAUCUUUUUAUAUUUCUCCCAAAAUAUAGAAAUGUUAACAGUUGAGAAAGGAAAUUUACAUAGUUUUCAAGAUCUAGGAAAUCAUUGUUAGAAACGUCAACAGCCUUCACAGUCUGUAUGAUUGAUAGGACAUUUUCUUUGCCCUCCAAACCUAUGGUUUCUUUUUCCUUUUCUUUCUCUUUUUUCUUUUUUCUUUUUUUUUUCUUUUUUUUGAAUUAGUUGAUUCAGUAAGAGUAUUUUGGGUCAGUUUGGUUAUGAUUUUUUUUCUUAAGACAAUUGUUUUCAUAAAAUUUAUACAUGCUGAAAAGGAAAAAUAAAAGGAAUAUUGGCAGUAUGUUUUGAUAAGGCAUGUGUAUCAGUGAAAUGUUAACUGUAUAGCAAAUAAUCUUUCAUAAUCUGUAGCAACCAGUGUUUUUCUGAUUUAUAUUUUAAUAACUGACGCUGCACUUACUUUAUGCCAGUUUAAAAUGUGUGUGUGUUCUUGUAGAUGACUUUAACUGGUACAUAUUUUGAGUUAAGAUGAAUGUAUUAAAGCAGCGUCAUAUCAGUUUUGUUUGUUCAGUUUCUAAAAUGUGCUGAUCCUUUUUUAAAAUCCUGCUUAUCUUUACAACAAAGAAAAAUAUUCAAAAAUACUGCCUUCAUUUUCACACACAGUGCUGAAGAUGCUGCAAGCACCAAAUCAUAGCUCAUAAAAUCAGGUCCUGAGAUAGUUACCCAUAAAGAGGAAUCCUUUGAGUGUAUGCCAUUGGUGAGCCGAUGAGCAUGGACCAUAGAAGGGCUCAAUGUAGAAGGUAAAAUUGGCAAAUCAUAAUUGAGAAAUAUGAAAUGUAUUCCCAUACAUGAUAUGGUAUAGGGUGUAUUGUACCUGCUUUUGAUCACUUCAUUUUAAAUUGCUUUUCAGUUGAUCCUUAAAUGUUCCAUGAACUGUUAAAUUUCAUAAGUUAUGCACCACAUUUAUGUCUUAUGUGUUUUGAUAGCUUAGGUAUGUUGUAGUUGAUAAUAUAAAAGCGCUCUUAAGAGCCUGUCAAGGUUUAGUUGUAGUUUGCAUUUUUUAUAAAAGAAAAUAUAGACAAAUACUAAUAGAUAUUGGGGCAUUGUUUCUAUCUCAUGAGAAUUUUUAUUUCAUUACCAUAAGCCUUUGCUGAUUUUAUAAGCAUUUUUUAUGACAUUAAUCUUAACCUUGAAAGAAAUGAAAAGCAGAAAAGGUGAGCCAGCUGUUGAUUUGAAUGCAGUGGAUGUUAGGAAUGGUAGAAGAGAUGGUUAGAUUGAAAUUGAACUAAUUUAGCACUUAAGCAAAAAUUAGGUGAGCUUUUUAAAACAAAAAAAUCUUAGUAUGGUGGUACUUAGAAUUCUGUGGUUUGGUGUUCCGUAAGUGAGUAUAGUUUUUUAAUUGAUAAAAAUUGUUUUAAUACGAAAGCUGGUUAUUUUUUUAUUGAUCAUUUAUUAGCAUUUUAAAAUGUUCUUAAUAUCUUGAUAGUUAAUGCAUAAAAAUGAGUUAAUGAGUUUGGAUAGGAGUUACAGUACCUUCAAAAAGCAAGAGAAUAUUAAAAGGUUUUAACAUUUCAUUUGCUUGAAUAUUCUGCCAACAGAACCAGUUGGACAUAAAAGUUAAGCUGUUUAAAAUAAUGACGUUGAGUUUAGUAAGCAAUGAGGAUGUCUUAUUUUUGUUUCCUGCAAUUUUGCCUCAUUUUAAAAUGCAUUUCAGUAAUACUUAAGGAUAAUUUUUACUUUAUAAUCUUUGAUUAGUCACUUGGCUUUUCUUACACAAUAUGAAGUUUUGAGGGACUUUUAAAUUGGUUCUUGAAACAGGCAAGUGAAUCCCAAGGUUUUAUUUUCUUCAGUAAUACCCCUAAAGCAGCCUUUAAAUGUAUUUGCGAAUAUAUAUAUUUUUUUCUUAUGCAUGCUUGAUGCAUUUUCGUCCUGAGAAAAGUGUUCUCUACAGAAACUACCCGUGUGUAAAAAGAAGAUUGGCUUAAAAUGGCUACUGUGAUGGGAACAGUGUCUUAGGGAGAUGCAGCUUGGACUUGAGGUAAAUUGAAUACUUUACGAAAUGUGGUUUAGAGUUUGCUUUUAUGACAUUGUAAAUGGGCACAUGAUUGCUGUAAUUGUGUAUUCAUUAUGGUCUUCUUAAUAAAAUAAAUAAAUGUACGUUAAUGAAUAUUA